CUCUCUUUUUAGCAGCCACAUACAAGUCGGCCAUAUUAGAGAGAUGGAAAUAAAGCUUCCUUAAUGUUGUAUAUGUCUUUGAAGUACAUCCGUGCAUUUUCUUUUUUAGCAUCUAACCAUUCCUUUGUUGUGGUCCUUGGUCCCUCAAUCACCCUCUCCCAUAGCCCACACCCGCCUAACAUCAGUCUCUGAAAAUGCACAGGGAUGCCUGGCUACCUCGCCCUGCCUUCAGUCUCACGGGGCUCAGUCUGUUUUUCUCUUUGGUGCCCCCAGGGCGGAGUAUGGAAGUCACGGUCCCCAGCACUCUCAGUGUCCUCAACGGGUCUGAUACACGCCUGCCCUGUACCUUCAACUCCUGCUAUACCGUGAACCACAAGCAGUUCUCUCUGAACUGGACUUACCAGGAAUGUAAUAAUUGCUCAGAGGAGAUGUUUCUCCAGUUCCGGAUGAAGAUCAUUAACCUGCAGCUGGAGCGUUUUGGAGACCGUGUAGAGUUCUCGGGGAACCCCAGUAAGUACGAUGUGUCAGUGACACUAAAAAACGUACAGCUAGAAGACGAAGGCAUUUACAACUGCUAUGUCACCAACCCACCCGACCGCCACCGUGGACAUGGCAAGAUCUACCUGCAGGUCCUUCUAGAAGUGCCCCCAGAGCGGGACUCCACGGUGGCAGUCAUUGUGGGUGCCUCAGUGGGGGGCUUCCUGGCUGUGGUCAUCUUGGUGCUGAUGGUGGUCAAGUGUGUGAGGAGGAAAAAAGAGCAGAAGCUGAGCACAGAUGACCUGAAGACUGAGGAAGAGGGCAAGACAGAUGGCGAGGGCAACGCGGAAGAUGGCGCCAAGUAGCUGGCAGCCUGCCCUGAAGCCCCUCCCUGGGUCCCGUCUCCUCUCACUCUCUUGCCCUGUCCAGUGUGACCCUGCCUGCUCUCUCUCACUCUCUUGGUGUGCUUCUCUUGAAUAGGCCCCCAGGAUCCACCUGGGGACUCACUUCCCAUCCUCCACCCCCCCAUACCAAGGGUGACCACCCUCCCUUCCAUUUGAAAACUGCUUUGAUAUCUGAGAUAUGUGAGUCCCAGGGAGAACAGAGAAGGGCUGUAGCCUGCCAGUUUUUGAGGAAGAAAAACACAUAUGUGAGGUCCCAAAGAUAGGAUUGGGGAGGGAGGGCAGUGGGAGAAGAGGUCGGCUGCCUGUCUUGUCUAGGGUUUUGUCUGGUGUUGGUUUAAACUGUGGGGUUAGCAGUGUGUGUGUGUGUGUGUGUGUGUGUGUGUGUGUGUGUGUGUGUGUGUAGUGGGGCUCUGAGGCACCAUGGGAAGGAUUCAUGGUGGUUUUGCUGUAUUUCUCUGACUACUCCCAGCCCAGAACAGCCAUCAGUCUGGGUAUGAAAGUGGGGUCCUACCAUCUGUAGGGGCACUGUGCAUUUCCAGGGCACUCAAAGAAAACUAGGGCUGAGGCGCUCCUGGUCAUGAGCCUUGGUCCAGAGGACUGUGUUCUGGCCUCCUUUCUGUCGCUAGCUGCUCCCAGAGAGGCUCUGGUUCACUGUUGACAACUGCUUCCUCGGGGAUGCUGGCAGGACCAGCUCUGGAAAAAUGGCGCCUGGUAGGAUCAUACCCUACCCUAGAAGGGGUCCCCCCCAUCAGGAGACCCGCCUCUGCUGAGGCAUGAGUGGUGCGGGUGGCUGCCUUCUCCAAGAUGGCUGAUGACCUUGGCCCUAGCCAGUAGCACCAAGACUCAGAACUGAGGUGUUGAGAGGCUGUGUAUAGGGGGCGACUGCCUGCAGGGCUUUAGUUUGGGCAUUUCUAGUUGCCCUUGCCAGGGUUUCCGUCUGGCUUUUGGCAAGAAGAAGGAGGAGAAAGCUGGAGGGAAAUGUGGGAGCUUACUGGAAGAGCCUUUGAGCCCUGCCCCCAAAACUCCCUUUGAUGGGGAGAAAGCCACUCUUGUGGGAAGCCAACUUUCACUGCCGUUUUAUUGUCUUAUAAGGAAUUUAUCUAAGUCCAGAGCUGGGGAGAAAGGCGGGACAGAAAUGGCUCAUCAGAGAGCACAGUGUUGGGAGAUGCCCAGAGGAGAACUAGCCUGGAGCCUCCUUCAGAUGGAGAGUUUGAAGUUCUGAGUGGCUGACAGAAGCUGAAAGUAUUGCCCAUGUUCUAGCUCCUUGGUCCCCAAUUAGAAUAGUUAGAACUUCCUGGUAGGAGAACCUUAAGCCUAGGAGGUAUUCUUGUGUGGUGGGGGUGAGGUUCAUCCGGCCCUGCUCCCCUCCCAGGAACUCAGUCCCUACUAGCUCAGGGAGUCAGAUGUCCAGGGUAGGGAAUGAGUGUGGUGGAGACAGGACCAUGACAGUCUCAGGGACCAAUACUUGCCUCUGCUUAUCAGAGAGCCAACUAGAAGAGACAAUGAUAGCAGAUGGGAGGGUCAGUUUAAUUCACUUCAAUUCAACAACCAUUUAUUGAGCUUAUGCUCUAUGCCAGGCACUGUGUUGGGUGCCAGGGGUGCAUAUAAAGCCAUAACAGAGUCAGGGACUGCCAGAUUGCACUGUAGGACCAAGAUUGUUGUUGUUGUUGUUGUUGUUGUU